CAUCAGGCCACGCCCACAUUUCCCCUGUGAGCCAAUAAGAACGCGUAUUCAUUCUCCGGACUGGAAGGUUCUUCCACGAAGUGCAUUGUGGGAGGGGAAGCCACAGUGUUACAACUAUGAUGCCUACACCUGUAAUCCUGUUGAAGGAGGGGACUGACACCUCUCAGGGGGUACCCCAGCUGGUCAGCAACAUUAAUGCCUGCCAGGUGAUCGCUGAGGCGGUGCGUACCACCCUUGGCCCCCGUGGUAUGGACAAACUCAUAGUGGACAGCAGAGGCAAAGCCACCAUCUCCAAUGAUGGGGCUACCAUCCUGAAGCUCUUGGACGUAGUUCAUCCUGCUGCCAAGACCUUGGUGGACAUUGCGAAGUCCCAGGAUGCGGAGGUGGGUGACGGAACGACUUCUGUGACUCUGCUGGCUGCCGAGUUUCUGAAACAGGUCAAAGCGUACGUCGAGGAGGGCAUGCACCCACAGAUCAUCAUCCGUGCCUUCCGCACAGCAACACACCUGGCUGUGAAGAAGAUCAAGGAAAUAUCUGUGGCAGUAAAGAAGGAUGGAAAGCAGGAGCUGAUGGGGCUGUUGGAGAGGUGUGCUGCCACAGCCCUCAACUCUAAACUCAUUGCUGGGCAGAAAGAGUUUUUCUCCAAGAUGGUGGUGGAUGCUGUCAUGAUGUUGGAUGAGCUGCUGCCACUCAAAAUGAUUGGGUUGAAGAAGGUCCAUGGGGGUGCCUUGGAGGACUCUCAGUUGGUGGCAGGUGUGGCCUUCAAAAAGACCUUCUCCUAUGCAGGCUUUGAGAUGCAGCCAAAAUGCUAUCAGAACCCCAAAAUUGCUCUGCUCAAUGUGGAGCUGGAGCUGAAAGCUGAGAAGGACAAUGCUGAAGUCCGUGUAAAGUCCGUGGAGGACUACCAAGCCAUUGUUGAUGCUGAGUGGAGCAUCUUGUAUGACAAGCUGGAGAAGAUCUAUAAGUCUGGGGCCAAGGUGGUGCUGUCCAAACUCCCCAUCGGGGAUGUGGCCACACAGUACUUCGCGGACCGCGAUCUCUUCUGUGCUGGCCGAGUGCAGGAAGAAGACCUCAAGAGGACUAUGAUGGCCUGUGGGGGCUCCAUCCAGACCAGUGUAGGCUCCAUGACCGAGGAUGUGCUGGGGGAAUGUGCCCUCUUUGAGGAGGUCCAGGUUGGAGGUGAAAGGUACAACUUCUUCAAGGGCUGCCCAAAAGCGAAGACGUGCACCAUCAUCCUGCGGGGCGGCGCGGAGCAGUUCUUGGAGGAGACGGAGCGCUCUCUGCAUGACGCCAUCAUGAUCGUGCGGCGUGCCAUAAAGAAUGACUCGAUUGUGGCGGGAGGUGGGGCCAUAGAGAUGGAGCUGUCUCGCUACCUGAGAGACUACUCCCGCAGCAUCCCGGGCAAGCAGCAGCUGCUGAUCGGUGCCUACGCCAAGGCCCUGGAGAUCAUCCCCCGCCAGCUCUGCGACAACGCUGGCUUCGACGCCACCAACAUCCUCAACAAGCUGAGGGCCAAGCACGCACAGGGUGGCAUGUGGUAUGGCGUGGACGUGAACAAUGAGGACAUUGCUGACAACUUCCAGGCGUGUGUGUGGGAGCCGUCAGUGGUGCGCAUCAACGCCCUUACUGCAGCCUCUGAGGCCGCCUGCCUUAUUCUGUCUGUGGAUGAGACCAUCAAGAACCCCCGAGCCUCUGUGGAUGCUCUUCCUGCAGGGCGGGGGCGUGGUCGGGGGCGGCCUCAUGCCCACUAAGGCUUGUUGACUAACAGGCUUGCCCUGCUGAAUAUCUGUCAGUGGAUCUACCUGCUACAGGUUAUAGUUCACCUCCAUUCACUUCCACUCAGCAGAGGUGGUACAUUUCAUUGUUAGAAAAGUAAAUUAAGGACUGAUUCUGACAUCUGAUUCAGCUGCAUUUAGAUGCCUGCUUUCCUUUUCUUGUUAAAUGUGAUUGCAUCAGGUCUGAGUUUGCACAACUCAGUUCUCCCUAUGUCUCUAUGCACUUUUUGGGUUCUGAAGCAGUCAGAACGAAACGCUGAUGCUCCGUUCCGCAUGAGCACAAGCUGUUACGUGUUUGUAAGAAAAUGAAAAUAAAAGUUUGCUGAACGCUUCUGCUA